UACAAUUGUUUACAGAUUUCCCGAAAUCAUUUUCAAAGGAUCUUGCUGAUGUUCAUUCCGAAUUGCCUUUAACUUUAAUUUGAUUUAUUUCGUAUUUAAUUACGAAUACUAUGGACGCGUCACAAAACCAAUCCCAAACGGAGGGGUCGGCCCAAGAUGCUCGCAUUUUGUGUCUGCAAAAUCUGAUCGAAAAGAAUAUUGAGCUAGAGCAGCAGAUCGAAAACAAUACCUUUGGCCAGUCUAUCGCAGCCAUAGAGGAAAUCAUUCAAACAGCCGACAACAUCAGCAAGGGACAUGAAGACCGCCGUACAAACUCUACGGAACUUGUCCUGGACACGGAGUUACUACGUCGCAAUCACGACGUUGUGGCCAAAGCUAUCCAGCAUAACACAAACUUUACGGACCGAAUGCUGGUCACGGCGAUCAACGAUUUGGUUUUCAAAGAGCACGAAGAGGAUUGGGAUGCAGUAUGUUCAUUGGCCAUUCAGUUCGGAAGACCGCUCUUCACCAAUGACAGUAUGCUGCCCUUCAUAGAUGUUUCUCCAAAGGAGGUGGUUCAGAAGCAACGUGCUCCCCGCAAGACGAAAUCUCAAGUAGAUGAGAAGCGUCCGGAAAAGAGUGACCAAUUGGAACGCAAGGACGAAGGAGCAGCGUCCGUUACCCACAUGAUGAAACAAAUAAGACAAAUAUAUCGAGAGGGCAAUCAACAGCCGAUUCCGUAUUUUAAACUAAUUUGCAAUCCAAACAACUUUAUGGACACUGUUCAGAACGCCUUGCAACUUUCCUUUCUUGUGAAGGAGAACUAUAUUUCCAUCGAAAACGGCGAGGAUGGUUUGCCAUUGGUCCGCGUUGUGAAUUCAAAAUCAGUCGAAGGAAACGAACCGGCCCAGGCUAUUUGCUCCAUCGAUGUUUCCUUUUGUGAGAAAAUGGUAAAACACUACAACUUACGUGAGCCCAUGUUGAAAAAACUCCCAGUUAGUGAAAGCUAGAUACACAACUUAGUCUCUCUUAAUAGUUUAUAAUGUUAUUAAUAAAACGCACAGAAUGUUUUAAGUUA